GGCCCCUCCCACCCCGGGGCGCUGACGUGGCGCUGUCCCCGCGCUGCGCGUGCGCACGCGGCCCUUCCGGAGCGGAGCAGGAUGGUGCUGCUGGAGAGCGAGCAGUUCCUGACGGAGCUUACCAGGCUCUUCCAAAAGUGCAGGACUUCCGGGAGCGUUUUCAUAACGCUGAAGAAAUAUGAUGGCCGAACAAAACCAGUUCCACGUAAAGGCCACGUAGAAAGUUUUGAACCAGCAGACAAUAAGUGUCUCCUGAGAGCAACUGAUGGAAAGAAGAAGAUUAGCACAGUGGUGAGCUCAAAGGAAGUGAAUAAAUUCCAGAUGGCAUAUUCAAAUUUGCUAAGAGCCAACAUGGAUGGCUUGAAGAAGAAAGACAAGAAAAGCAAGGCCAAGAAGAGUAAAGCAACACAGUGAUGGGACAGUGUGCUACCAUCACUAUAAUAGACUUGACCCUUGCUCAAAGCAAAGUCCAUUUCUUUUUGAGUUACCACUUGUCUUUGGCUUUCCUUCCAGCAGGAUACUGGGAUGUGAUCAGUUCUUUUGUUAAAACUGAGAGCAGAGGUGCUUUCUUUGGGUUAUUGUGUGGCAGGAGUAUGUACAGUAUUAUACUGAAAUAGCUUUAUACUCAGCUAUUUUGUACUUACACCACUGUUUACUCUGCAGUGUAAAACCUGUCUGGGGGCUUGUACAGGGUGAAGAGAAAUGCACCGUGCCAGAAGCAAAACAGGACUGGAGCAGGAGCCUCAGUAGUUACAGGGAAAGCAGGUGCCAACAUAUUAUCAGGAACAGCUGCUUUCCUGUUUCUGUCUGAGAGUCAUGUCUACAUGAUGCAGUGCAGAUAUCCCCAAGGCAACCAGCACAGUGCUCGAGUUCUUGCAGAGCCUUCACUCUUCACUCACAGCCUCCAGCUGUUCUGACCUGGGCUCAGCUCAGGGUGCGGAGGGUAGGACUGCAUCAUGUUCCCUUCAGACAUGGCUUAAAAAUGCUUAUGUCACCUAAGCUUUUUUUUUUUUUUUUUUUUAAAAACAUCAUCCUUCAGUAUAUUCAGGGAUCUGAAUUUUCCUUCCUUCAUAUGAGCAGAUGUAAAAAGUAAAUAUGUAAUUUCUCCUAUUAAACAUAAUGAGAAAUGGA